AUGGCACCUGAGUAUGCAGUAAGAGGGCGAUACUCGGCUAAAUCGGAUGUCUAUAGCUUUGGAAUUCUGGUACUGGAGAUCAUAAUAGGUAUGAAAAACUCCAGUUUCCAAGACUCCAGGAAUCUUCAAAGUUAUGCAUGGAAGCAUUGGAUCAAUGGAACAGCUUUGAAGAUAGUGGACUCAACCUUGGGCGAAGAAUUUGAAAAAGACGAGGUUCUGAAGUGCAUCAACAUUGGACUGUUGUGUGUUCAAGAAGCUGCUGAGAAGAGACCAACUAUUUCUGAUGUCAUAUUGAAGCUUGGCUGCUACAGUAAGCUUGGUGGAACUCCUUUACGAACUGGGUUUUCAUUCACUCGGCACAGAGCUUCUCCAGAUUUGAGACUGACUAAUGACUCAUUUGCUUCGAAAACCCCUCAGAUAGAGUUGGUGAAUAUUAUGAGGAAGCUAUAUGAAUCAUAUUUUCUUGCCGCUCACUUGUUCUUGAGCGUUUCAUGUCUUCUUCAUGUUACGAGAGCAAAACAUUUCAGCUGCGAACUCAACAUGAACUACACUUCAGGUAGCCCUUACAACCGAAAUCUCAACCUCACCCUCGCUUCAUUAGCUGCGAACGCCUCUCGAACUGGCUACUUCACAGCCACCACAGGCCAUAGUCCAGACAUUGUUUAUGGGCUCGUACAGUGCAGAGGUUAUACCUCUGCAGAAGCAUGCCAAUAUUGUGCAGAGGCAUUAGCUGCUGAAAUCACACAGAGGUGUCCUCACCAGAAGGAAGCUUCCAUAUUGAAUGGGGACUGCACAUUGCAGUAUGCUGAUUGGGAAUUCUUCACGUUUGCUGAUAUUGUCCCCAGAGUGGGUUUAAUUGGCGAUGAGAAUGCAGCGGACCCAGUUGCACUCAGUAGUCAAUUGGGGGAAUUGUUUAAGAAUCUUUCAUCAACUGCUGCUGUUGAUCCUUCAAGGCUGGCUUUUGGCAGUGAUAGAUAUGGAGACUCCCAGUACGUACAUGGUAUGGUUCAGUGUACAGUUGACUUGUCUGGACCCGAUUGCUACAACUGUCUGCAAGCUAUGAUUAACGAUAUUCCGAGGUUUAUGGCUAACAGAACAGGUGGGAGGAUAUUUGCUUUGAGUUGCAAUAUCCGGUUUGAAAGAUAUUCCUUCUUUCAGUCGCUACUACCACCAGCUGCUGCCUCUUCUGCACCUCCAUGGCUGCAAACGAACCCUACAUCUAGUGGAAGCAAUUCCUCCAAGGAUUAUGGCAAGAAAGUGAAGACCAUUGUUACUUUGGUGGUUAUACCUGUACUAGCUUCUGUGGUAGUGAUAGUAGUUGUUUGCGCUACUGUUUAUUACUUCUUUCGAGUCCGGGCUUCGAGCAGAAAUCUCGAUGGUUCUGCAAUAGUUGGUGAUGAAAGAGCUGCAUCACUUUUGGUUAGCCUCAAUGUGCUGACAGCAGCAACAAUGGAAUUUUCUUCAUCAAACAAACUAGGAGAAGGCGGUUUUGGACCCGUUUACAAGGUACCUUCUAUCCAGUAUAACAUUGGAUCCUCGGAGGUAUUUACCAGGAUACUCCUGGUUCUCAUUUAUGUUCACUCAUACCGCCAGGGGAAGUUGCUUGAUGGACAAGAAAUCGCUGUCAAAAGGCUGUCAACAAGCUCUAGACAAGGCCUGGAAGAGCUUAAAACAGAAUUAAUGUUGGUGGCAAAACUUCUGCACAUGAACCUUGUAAGGUUGUUAGGAUUCUACUUAGAAGAAGAAGAGAAGAUGCUAGUGUAUGAGUACCUACCUAAUGGCAGCCUUGACAAGAUUUUAUAUGAUCCCAAUAGAAGAUUUGACCUGGACUGGGGAACAAGGUACAGAAUCAUAAUCGGGAUUGCUCGAGGACUGCUGUACUUGCAUGAAGAUUCACAGCUCAGGAUCAUCCACCUAGAUUUAAAAGCCAGCAACAUCCUAUUAGAUGAGUCCAUGAACCCUAAGAUUUCGGAUUUCGGGUUGGCCAGGAUUUUCCUAGGAAGUGAAACUAAAGGCAAUACAGAUCGGAUUUCGGGAACUUCUGGCUACAUGGCUCCUGAGUAUGCUAGAAAUGGUUGCUUUUCAGAGAAGUCUGAUGUCUACAGCUUUGGUAUUCUGCUACUGGAGAUUGUAACAGGCAGAAGGAAUGUCAGGAAUCGGAACUCUGUCAACCUUCAAAGUCAUGUAUGGGAUCACUGGAACAAUGGGAUGGCUCUACAGUUGAGGGAUCCGGCGAUGGGGAAUCGAUGGGCAAACACCGAGGUCUUGAAGUGCAUCCACAUAGGUCUUCUGUGCGUUCAGGAAUCUGCUGCUGACAGACCAACAAUGUUGGAAGUCAUCAUGAUGCUCAGCAGCCAUACUGUGACCUAUCCAACGCCUUUGCAGCCGGCAUUCUUCAUCAAUAGAGGAAGCUUUGAAGCAGAUAAUGAUGAUGGAGAUAAAUGUACUGCUGGUUCUGAACUUGUCAACUCCAAAUCAGAGUCAUUGCAGCUGUCCAUAAAUGAUGUCUCCAUCACAGAUUUACAUCCUCGUUGAGAAGUUUUUUUUUUUUUUUUUGUUUCUUUUGAGUUUCUGAUCAUGUUAAAUUGUUCAUCUUUUUGAAUGAUCAUCAGUCAUCACUUAACUUUUGUUGUCUGAGUUAC